UUCAUUCACGAAAUUCAAGAAACGGCGUGUCUGUCUUGACACGAAUCUCCGAGCGGCUCAUAUAAUUAUUUCAUUAAUAUCGGAGCUGUCGCUGCUACCGAUCUCCACGCUAUAAGUUCGGUCUCCGGCAGUGCCUUAUCGCUGCUAAUAAAUAGUCAAAGUGAACAUAUUCCGCGGUCAUUACACAAAUUAGUCUCACGAAAGGAGUACGGCUCGCCUCUCAAUUGAAAUAUUGACAUUUUUGUCAUCUGUGAUAAAGCAAGCGAUACUCUUCGUACCUUGCUAAUAUUUUUAGGUUAAUUCCUUUAGUUGUGAUGAUCGGUGCGGCGAUCUAGAGGUGAUAUACUCGAACUGUGGCAGCCUUUUUUAGUGACUAUAGGACAUUAAACAAAUAAUAAUGGAGGCUUCGAAACUUAACUACAAUUUGGACAUAACGCCGAAUUACUCGUACGUGUUCGAGUUUGAGAGCGAAUUUAUUCAUCAUAAGUACAGGAAAUGGAUGACCGAAAACUGGACAGUGGCAUUCUACUAUGUUGGCAUUUACAUGGCUUUCAUUUUCUUUGGACAAUUGUAUAUGCAGAAUCGGCCCAGGUUUGAACUCCGACGCACUCUUCUAAUAUGGAAUACCGCGCUGGCUGCCUUCAGCAUCAUGGGCGCUUGCCGGACGUUGCCAGAAUUCAUCCAUGUGCUCCGGAACCAUGGUAUCUACCAUUCCAUCUGUGUACCCAGUUUCAUAGUCCGGGACAAAGUGUCCGGUUUCUGGACGGCCAUGUUCGUGUUGUCCAAACUGCCGGAGCUGGGUGAUACGGUGUUCAUCGUGCUGCGUAAGAAGCCCCUCAUCUUCCUCCACUGGUACCACCACAUCACAGUUCUGCUAUACACUUGGUACUCCUUCACGGAGUACACAUCUUCUGCGCGGUGGUUCGUUGUUAUGAACUAUUUCGUUCACAGUGUGAUGUACUCGUACUACGCGCUAGUAAGCAUGGGCAAAUACCCACCCAAGUUCCUCGCGAUGACCAUCACGUUCCUACAACUCACUCAGAUGAUAGUCGGCUGCGCUAUCAACAUUUGGGCCCACAACUACCUCGCGACCGGACCCCCAGACACGUGUCACAUCAGCCAAAUCAACAUCAAGCUCUCUAUGGCCAUGUACUUCUCAUACUUCGUCCUGUUCGCCCGAUUCUUCUACAAGGCCUACCUCUCGCCCAAAAAGGGUAAGAAGGACAAGCAGGAGCCGCUCCCGGAAGCAGUGAGCGCGAAGAAAGUUGAUCCCAACGUGUACCCGAGACAGAGGAACGGUGUCGUCGCGCACUAGUCGACCACAGCUUGUGAUAUGUGUUAGAUUAAUGGUUAUGGCUGUUAUCUUGUGACGAUUCGAUGGACUUGCCGGAUAAUAAGGUUUCACACCUUACUGCAAUAAUUAACAAAUAUUAAUUAUACUUUGGAUUAACAAUACAAAAGUAAUAAUUUAUUACCAUUAAAUUAUUUAAUUUAAAAUAUGUAGGAUAUAAUUUAAUGAUGACAACCGUUAUAGAUCUAGGAUUUAAUUUUAUGUCAAUCAAAUAUUGUUGACAUUUAAAAUUGAACUGUAAUGUCUAAGCCAUUAUGUUCCAUUUAGAUUUUUGUAAUUCAAGGGCCUUCUUUUGUAUCUAAAGGUUAUGCAUACCUAUAUAUCUUGUUAAGAUUAUGGUAUAUGCGCUAUCAUUAGUAACAUCUCAUUCGUCCAUUUUAUAUCGGUUGUUGUUAUUCAAUGAAAACUAGAGAGUUCUAAAUACGCUUACCGUACAACGCAUCACAUAAAAAAGAAAGAGAUAGCAUGUCUAGGGCAUCACUUCUUAUACAGUUGUUUUCCUAUUUAAUUAUUUUUAAUUUAUAUUUUGAAUUAGACGUAUUUUGAACCAGCUUUGGUCGCUAUUUAUAUAGAAGAAUUUAAUCCGAAUACUAGAGUACUGAAUAGAGAUGGGUAUGGAGACACAUUUUAUUUUAUUCCUUCUUCAGUGCGAUGAUCUGUUGUUAAUUGUUGAUCGUUAUAUAAAUAAUAGAAUCUAUCUUGAUUAUGAAAGUUAUAAAAAAAUCGGCUAGUUCAAUUAUUAAAUUGCAUAACUUUAAUAAUCUGAUAGAUAUUAAUAAUUGGCGCGUAAUUAGAUAUUUUUUUAUAAAUAGUUAAAAACUAAAUUUUUACUAACAUCGAGUAUUCUGUCUUUGGUUUGCUCCAUAUGUUUAUGAAUAGUUCAUGAGUCAAGUUCAGGCUUACAAAAAGGUAUAAAUCAAUAUGCGGCUUAUCUAUUUUUGUGCAUAAAGACGUACGAAAAUAGUAAUGCCGCAAAGCGACGCUCAUAACACACAAAAUGCGGUCACUCACACAUUUGUACAAUGACGAUAAUAAUAUAUUUUUUAAUAGUGUUGCCAGAAAUAAAAAUAAAAAUAGCACUGAAUAAGAAGUAAGAAUUACUAAAAAAAAUAUAUUCAAAACAAUGUAAUUUUUUUUAUUCAUUUAUUUUAGUGUCAGAACUCAUAGAUCUUGUAAUUAUAUUAUUGCAAUAAUAAAAUUCAUUAUUCUGAAGCGAUUCUAUAAUAGUAUAUUAACAUGAAAAAAUAUAAUAGUGUUGAUCUAAGAAGUUAAAAGUAUUAGAUUAGAUUUUACACAUUAAUCAUAUUGUAUUAUGGUUCAAAUGAAAUAAUAUCGAAUAUUGAAACUCGAAUAUUUUUAUCUUCUUCGAUAUUAUAUAUAUUUUUCAUUAUGACAAUACUUGUUUAUGCAAUAGGCGUUGCAAAGUAAUUACAGCAAAUUUGAAAAUCGAACGUAAAUAUUAACAAUUAUUUAUUAUCUUAAUUUAUAAAAAGUAAAACAAAGAAUAAAUAUACAUUUUUUAAUGUUAUUUAAACGUGACGUUAAUAUAAAUUAUUGUAAACGUUUUAAUAUUUUUUAAAUACCGGCAAGUCCUCAAUCGUAACAGACUAUAAAGGCGUCCUUCACAUGUACAUUCCAUGUUUAUUUUUCCAAUCUUUAUAUGCGACGAUGAAGAGUGUGGAUGGGCCUUUACCAUAUGGCGCUUUUAUACGGGUUCCAUAUACUAUGGACGUUUAGGAGGAAAUUGCAUUUUAUAAAUGGUUGCUUGGGUACUUAUUAUAUUGGACAGAAUAAUGAGAUUAUUAUUUUCAAAACAAACAUAUUGCAUAUGUAAUUCACCUCCUUUUCGCUUCCCGUUUCACACCAAGACCCGUAUAAAAGCAGAUAGUUCUAUGCUGUUGUUUAACGUAUUUAUUAUUAAUGAAAUUGAGUGAUUUUUUUUAAUAAUUUAUUUGUAAAGGAAUAGUUUUAAUCGACCUGUACAGAUUGUGAACAUUAGGGGUUUAACAUGUGUCCGCGCCGGGCGGCUCUAGGAAUAGUUUUAAUACUUUGUAACGCUUGUCAAACAAGUGCACAAAGUGUAAGAAAUGUAAUUCCUUAUAGUGGAAUAAGCAAUAUUAUUAGUUGGUGAAAUUGACAGUUUUGAAUUAGGUCAGUGUAAUUUAAAUAUCUGGGCGUGUUGCCAAGUGGCAAAGAUUACAUUCCGAAAUAUGAGUGCGACGAACAGUACCGCGUGUGGGAACGAGACGGCAUGUGUAUGGCGUCUCGUUUUCUCCAGUUACUACAGAUAUGUCCAGGCGUAAAAAUAAAGAUUGUUUCACAUUGCGAAGACUGAAGCGGAAUUGAAUCGUUUGUCACUUGUGCACAAGCUCUGGAGUUUUUGCCUGAUUUGGGCAAAUUACUAACAAUUUGGCUGUUAUAUAAUCUCCUCCCUUCCACUAAGCGAUAUAUGAGGGGUAAUAAGAGAUAGUUCAAAUUAUACGCUUCCACGUGUCAGAGUCGAAUCACGUGGAGGUCUUAAGCGGUCGCGACGGGACUUGUACAGUACAAGUGCUAUAUAACAUUUUGGUACCUUAACGAUAAUCAUUUAUUGACAACUAUAUAAUCUGCCAUCUGCGUGGUUUGAGAUAAUUAGAGAAAAAUAUAUUAACUUUAUAAAAAUUAACAUAUAUGCUUAUAUUAUUUUGAAAAUUGUAUAUGAUAUCAUGGUGACAC